AUGGCGCAUCCUGCCUUUUCUCAGCAGCUUAGUGACAUGAUUGAACCUGGAUCAAUAUUGGUAUCCAGCGCGCGACAUUUCGCGGUAGUAUUCUUUGACACGGUGUUUCGGCGGGGAGAAAUCCUCGCUCCAAUUCUGAGGAUGUCACAGAUUAGAUCUGAAGCAUUUGCAAAAUUUUGGAUCGAAUUUUCAGGAGCCAGAAGCCCCGAAGCCGCAACAGAAGCUGAGCCUGUGGGCUCAAACGCCCUUCUGCCACCGCUUCUUGCCACCGCCAAGGGAGUAAUUCUCGAUAUUGGUCCAGGAACGGGAACUCAAACUCCAUUAUUCACCAACCCCGGCAUCAAAGUUAUCUAUGGCGCCGAGCCAACUCAAGAUCUCCACGCCGACUUACAAGCAAAGGCUGAACGCUGUGGUAAAUCGUCGACAUACAAAAUUUUGCAUUGCGGGGCACAGCCGCAGUCUCUCGUCCCUGCGCUGGACAAAGCUGGCUUUGAAGAUCUGGCCAGCGGGGUCUUCGACACCAUUGUCUGCGUGCGCGUCCUUUGCUCUGUACCAAACCCUGACGAUACAAUUCGUGGGUUGUACCAAUUGCUGAAACCGGGCGGCAAGAUGCUGGUUGCGGAACAUGUGGCGAAUCCUUGGUAUGCGAAAAAUGGGAGUGUUCUGGGAAGGCUGGCGCAGAUAUUUUAUACCUUACUCGGUUGGCCGUUUUUCGUCGGGGAUUGUCAGUUGGGGAGGAACACUAGAAAAUCACUGGUCAUGGCUGCUGCAAAGGAUGGCGGAUGGGAAACCGAUACCUUAGAACUGUCCUUUGGAUGGAGUGCGAUACCGUACAUCAGCGGAACACUGGUGAAAAGAGGUUAA